UGAAGAUACACCCAAACAAACGCCACACGACACGCACCGUCUUCUUCUUCGUCCAGCCGCCCCCCCAAUCCAAGCAGAGGACGAGGAGUCGGAGGAUCGCCGAAGCUUCUAGAACCCUUUCGGGGGGCACCCCCUCGGCGGAGGCGGGGCGGCAUGUGGGGGAGGCACUACUGGGGCGAGCGGCGGCCGAGCGCCGGCGCCGGAGGCGGAGACGGAGACGGAGCGGAGGCGGGCGGCGUGGUGGUGAUGUUCGCGUGGCUGUCGAGCCAGGAGCGGCACGUGCGGGCGUACGUGCAGCUGUACGCGGCGCUCGGCUGGGCGUGCCUCGUCUGCCACUCUGACUUCCUCACCCUGUUUAUCCCUGAUAAGGCUGCCGUACUUGCCGACCGUGUUCUUGCGGAGCUCGUUAAGGAACUGAAGAUUAAACCAGUGCCUGUUGUGUUCGCUUCCUUUUCGGGAGGGCCAAAAGGUUGCACAUACAAGGUUCUUCAGCUGAUCGAGAGAAGGUGCGAAGGCCAACUGAGUUUGGAUGACUAUCAACUCGUACGAGAAUGUCUGUGCGGACAAAUGUAUGACUCGAGUCCUGUGGAUUUUGUGAGUGAUCUAGGCACCCGCUUUCUCCUUCACCCUAGUGUCCUGAAGAUGUCUGAACCUCCACGAGUCUUAUCAUGGAUGACUAAACGCAUUGCCUCGGGUCUAGACAGUCUCUUCAUUAACAAAUUUGAAGCGCAGCGCAAAGAAUAUUGGGAAACACUAUACUCAUCAGUGCAUGUUGGCCCAAUACUCAUAUUCUGUUCAGAGGAUGAUGAACUUGCUCCAUGUUCAAUUGUUCAAAAUUUUGGGCGGCGUCUGCUGGAGCUUGGUGGUGAUGUGAACCUAGUUAAAUGGCACAGUUCUCCACAUGUAGGUCACUACAAGCAUCACACUGAGGAAUACCGAGCUGCAGUGACUGAACUACUGAUGAAGGCUUCGGUGCUUUACAUAAGCAGAAGACGACUCAACGACUACGGGGUGGGCAUGAGUGUGCACGGUGACACACCUCAUUCGGCUCGCAAUCUUCAUAAAGCGGCUGCGAAUAACUCGAGUGAUAGGCUAAGAAGGCUACCGACCGAGCCAGCCGAUCAUUUCUUCUUACCGAGCUCCAUGGAGUACGAGGAGAGCGGCAACGAAGCGGCAAAACCUGAGUUAUUCAACAUGCCGAGCGUCGAAAGCUUGAACCCUGAUGGCGUGUUGGGGAAGAUGCUCUAUGAUGUAUGUGUCCCGAAGAACGUGGAAGGCUGGGACUUCAAGCCUGCGUCGAGUCAUUGUAUUGCUCGCCGGCAUGGUAAUUUCAACCCAAUAAAAUGUAUAAGGCGCUCGAGAUUGUAAUAAUUUUGACUGGAACAUCUCAAUGCAUUCUAGCUGACUGGUGUAUAGUGUGAGUGUGAGAGUGCUCUUUGCUUGGUGGAUGCUGGUAUAAUUCGAGAUACCCAAUAUCCAGUGAAUAUGCGAGAUAUGUGACCUCUGUACAACUUAAAUUAUUAACCAAUAAAGUUAUGCAAUGAGUGCUUUUUUGGUGCUGAGAAA